GGCGAGCGCCUUCCGAACCAUCUUGGACGACGCGGUGCUGGUGUAAGCAGGUGUGUCCCUCUGAGGGAGCUGAUCCGCGAGAAGGCGGACAUUCGUGACAUGCUGAGCUGAAAAGGCAGGCCCGGUGGGAUGCCUCGUCUAAAGGUCGCUCGACCCACAGGAUGAUCCCAAAGCGGAAGAACGGACAGGUAGAUUUUUACCUAACCCAGGUGCUGAGCGGGCAUGGAUGCUUCCGUAGCUACCUUAAGAGGUUUGGCCAUGACGCGGAGGAAAGCUGCCCGGAAUGUGGAUCCGGGAUAACAGAGGAUGCCGGCCGCGUCAUCUUCGACUGCCGCCGGUUCGACGAGGAAAGGGACGAGCUGGAGGCGAUAGCAGGUGCAGCCAUCAGUGUGGAUACGCUGGUGCCGCAGAUGCUGGCGGACCCGAGGACAUGGGAGGCGGCGGCAGAGUUCGCUGCCAAGCUGAUGAGAUCUCUCAGGGCCCUGGAGAGAUCGAGGAAGGAGCAGACUGGCUGAGCGGCUUACCGAUGUGCGAAGCAUUGCUUUGCGGCCGUACCGCACAAUCGCGGG